AUGUUCAUGAUUCAUACUUCCUUGUUGUCAGCCCUGAUUCAUAGGAUCAUGGUUGACCGAUUGGGUUAGUUUGUAUCAUCAUUUAAUUAAUAUUAUAUUCUUUAUGAGAAGUUUAUUUUUAAUCUAUAAUUUUAACAUGUAUAAUAUUUACUCCAUUUUGAAUUACAAAAUUCAUAAUUUGUUUAGUCUAUGAUUUCUAAGGUUGCAUCGGAUAACGAUAUAAUUUAGUAUAUGACUUUGACAGUUGUACACGUAACAUAAAACGUUUUACAGAAAUGAUUAAUCUUUUAGUAAAUUAUGUUUCUCGCUGCGUAUUAUGGAUUUUACAGAAAAUGACUAAAAGUUAUUUAUUUUUCAUAUGAUUUAUUACAGUAAAUAGCGAGGCUAAUGCCAGGCGCAUUGCUAUGGUUGAAAACUGCUUUGGCAGUUCUGGCCAGGUAAGAUUGGUAUUAAAAGUCUUAAAUUUUCUUAUAUUUAAUUUUGUAUUUUCGAAUAUUACGAGUGUUCGAUAUAAUUUGAUAUAUCUGACAUUUUAAUGUUAGCUUUAAAAAAUGUUUAAAGUACAAAUAUAUUUAAUAAAUUUACAUCAACCUAUUAUAUAUUUUAGCCACUUGCAGUGCCUGGAAGAGUUUUAGUUGGAGAAGGUGUAUUAACCAAAAUGUGUAGAAAAAAGCCUAAACCAAGACAAUUCUUUUUAUUUAAUGAUAUAUUGGUCUAUGGAAAUAUUGUAAUGAAUAAGAAAAAGAAUAUCGCAAUGGCUGGCUCAUAAAGACUGUAACAAAGUCAUUUGCUGUUUAUGCUGCCACUCCAACAGAGAAACAAGAAUGGAUGGCUCAUAUUACAAAAUGUAUUGAAGAUUUAUUAAGAAAAAGUGGUAAGAAACCAGUUGAAGUUCACGCAGCUGUUUGGGUCCCAGAUAAUGAAGCUACAAUUUGUAUGCAUUGUAACAAGACACAAUUUACAGUCUUAAAUAGACGGCACCAUUGUAGACAAUGUGGAGCUGUUGUAUGCGGACCUUGCAGCAAUAAAAAGUUACUAUUGCCUGGACAAGGAAAUGGAAAAGCAGUCAGAGUUUGCUUGCAAUGCUACGAUGCAGCUAGUAAAGUAAAAGCAUCAUCCCCUUCUGCUGUUGAUAACUUAAAUAACAAGGAUCAACAACGAAAUUCUGUAGAUAGUUCAGGAGGUGAUAGUUCUGGCGAUGAUGACGAUGGAAAUAAAGAAGAAAAUCAUGAUCACGAGCCUAAAUUUUAUUCUACGCUUGCUCGAUGAAGCCACCAAAUUGCAUCAGAAUAAACAGCAAUACAAACAGGAAUAUUAUUCGCAAUUAUAUUUUUAAAAGUUAAUAACUUUAAAUUGUUAAUAAUAUUACAACUAAUAAUAAUUUAAAAUUUAUUAAAAUUACUCCUAAAUUAUAUUUAUACAAAAAGAUAUGUCUGUGUAUAAAGAAUUCAAAUAAGUUUGUAUUCAACUUUGAAAAUUAAUAUCUUUGAUAUAUGUAAUGAUUUAUGUGAAUGAUUUUGAAGAUAUCUUUGACAUUAAAAGUUAAAUAAUAUGUUAUUUUAAUAUUUACACAGGCAUUUAAAAAUAGAGAAGACUAUUUUUUUAACUCUGUAUUUUAUGAAAUUUUGACCAUUUAUAUUUAUAUUAUCUUGUUAUUGUAAUAUUUCACUAUGUACUCUCAGUAGAUUCUAAUUUUCGUUAUAAUAUGUUUUAAGAAUAUAUGCCACAUUGUGCCUUUCUGAACAGAACAGAACAAUUGUCUUUUCCAUUGUUUACAAGCAAUUAAUAUUAAUCUAAUGGUAAUUGAAAAAAUAAUUCGUAACAAUAAAUUUUUAAACGUAUAAAACUUUGUUUAGUUGUGCAUUCAUAUUGUAAGAAAUUUUUAUAAAAUAAAUAAAAUUUAAUAACAAUUUUAAAAAA